UUACCAAACAUGUUGGCCUCUCGAUUGAAUCUCCUACUGCCCCGCAUGUCCUGGCUGCGAGGCUGUUCCACGACGGUGGUGGGCCAGCAGCAGCAGCGCCAAGUGCCCACGGAAUCCGUGCACGAUCCGCUGCAGGCGCUCGCCCUCAAGGAGCAGUGCAUCCUUGUGGACGCCAACGACCAGGCCAUUGGAGCAGCCUCCAAGGCCGACUGCCACCGGGUGCACCCAAAGUCUGGAGAUGUGAGGCUUCAUCGCGCCUUCAGUGUAUUCCUCUUCAACGCAAAAGGCGAGAUGCUAGUGCAAAAACGUUCGUCCCACAAGAUUACCUUCCCAAACACCUACACAAACGCCUGCUGCAGUCAUCCGCUCCACGAGAUCGAGCAAGAGCGCCAGGAGAGCAACGCCCUGGGCAUCCGAUUGGCCGCCCAGCGACGCCUUAACUACGAACUGGGCAUUCCCAUGGAGGAGCUGCAGCCGCAGGACUUUCGCUACCUGACCCGCAUUCACUAUGCGGACACAGGCGAUGGCGUUUGGGGCGAGCACGAGAUCGACUACAUCCUGUUCCUGCAGAAGGACGUUACUCUGCAGCCAAACAGCAACGAGGUCAGCGAGGUGCGCUUCCUGCGACGCGACAAGAUCGACGAGGCGGUGGCCAAGUUCAGUGCCCCGUUGACACCCUGGUUCUCCCUGAUUCUGCAGCACCGCCUGAAGCUGUGGUGGGACAAUUUGCAUCAGCUGGAGCAGUUCGAGGACUUGAGCAACAUUCAGCGCUUUUAAGUGUGCUAACGAACCAAAAAUACAAGUAAUGACGCCUCAAA